AUGGCGGACGACGGGAGGGUUUGUGUGGACAGCAAGCAAUCGGUGCUGAAAAUUCAUGAAAAAUUAAGGAAGGAGGUCCAUAAAAUAGCCGAAAAGAAGUCUUGGUCUGCUGAACAAAAAGAAGAAUUCGAGAAAAAGAUCCUUGAGGUGGGUCGCUAAAAGUUGCCACCUCGAUUUGUUAUAAGCUUAACUUACUUUUGUUCAUCAUUAAACUUAAAUGCUCUGCUUGAUCGCAUCUCUGACUUGAUUUUUUAUUCUUGUGUAGCUUUAUAAAGAGUCAGUGGAGGAAACUGUUCAAGCAAAUGUGGUCAUUGGAGGACAAGACUGGAACAAUGUAUCCCAGUCUGAAGAUUCAAGCAUUUCUGUAGUUCGGGAGGGUAAGCUUAUGAAUUAUCUGUAACAAACGAGUUUGAUUCUUCAGAUCAAUAACUUUAUUUAACCAUGGAGUCCUUUUCAUUAAAAAGUGCUCUCCCAAGGAGCUGUGCACUUUACCAAUAAGUUACGCAUAAUAGUUUUUAAUACUUAAACCUAUGUCAUUACAAUUAUAAAAAUUAUCUAAUUUUAAAGUUGAAGUACGAAAAAUUAAUUAAACUAGUAGCCUACUUAGCCGUUACUAAUUAAUUCAAUUAAAAAAAUUAUUUGAACUAGUCGCCUGCUUAGCCUCGACCGACAGACUAUUCCAUAGAACAGCACCCAUAUGCCAGAAACUCUCCUUAAAUGCCUCAGAGUAUGGUCUCGGAACGAAGAGAUUGUGUUGUGAGCCCUGCAAUGUCUGUGAAUGGAACUGGUGUAGGCAAAUUUCUCUAUAUAUAUUUGGGUACUUGCCUGUUCACUGUUUUGAACAGUAACAUUGAAUUGGUUUUUACUUCAGGGUAAAGGUUGACAUCAUCGCUACUUAUCCAGGAUAAAUGUCAUUUAAAGGAGCUUUUAGUUGUUCCACUUUUCACUAGGAAUAGAGUCAUAUUUAAGUUGUAAUCAGCUGAAAUCAAGUCAACAUUGCCAUUGCGUUCAAGCUUACAUUUACAUGGGUUAACCUUGCAAGAUCAUUGCGACAUAAGUGCAAGCUUAUAAACAUAAACAGAGUUUGCUUAUGACUCUGUUUCUUAUUGCCUAGUGAUAGUGUCGCAAGCAAAGGUGAAUGAAUAUGCCAAUCACAAUGUACAGGAACAGACCUUGUGAUUGGUUUCUUCUUUUGAGGUUUAUGGUCAUCUCUCUACCAACAAAAUUGCCACGAAGAAGUCAACUCGCAAAACAAUAACUCUGAAACAAUUGACACAGUUUACUUACCUAGUAUUGCUUACGUAGGAUUUUUACUUUUUUGUCAAAUCUAAAUACUAAUCUGUCAAUUUUAAUUGACCAUCGUAAGAUCAAUUUCACAUGUUCUUGGCCCGAGACUCGUGCAUGUGCUAGGGAAUGUGACGUGGUAUUUCCCAGAUUACCAAAGGAUCUUUACAUUCCAUACAAUUUCUUUUAAAAAAGUGACAGAAAAUUAUUUUCAAAUUAAAUAUAAUUAAUUAACAGUUUAGGAAGUUAGGCAAUUUUGAGACUCCAACAUCGAAAACUCAUCUUCUAAUUUUUCUCAAAAUUAAAAUGCUUUUGGCAGGAACAGUCUACAUUAGGUUUCUUAUCUACCUAAAAGCUAUCUAUGGACAGAAAAUGAGAGAAAUGGAGUUUCAACUCCUGCCACGAAAUUAAGAUUCUGCUUAAUUUUUCCUGACAGUUGUUCUUAAGUCUUCUCCUGUGUCUUUGAAUGACCAUCACUCUGGUGGUCUUCUUACUGUUUGAUUACAACACAUUGAUUUUUCCUUUUCAGAACUGGAGCCCCUCAACAGAGACAGGGUUGAACAAGUCUUUGCAAUAUGUUCAGAACUGGAAGAUUUAAUGAAAGACACAACAUUCAAACGGAAAAAUUAUCCACAGCAAAUCACAGAAGGAAUACAGAAGAUUCUCCAGAGUAAAAAAGAAUUACUCGUAAGUUUCACAAUGUGGUAUUAGAGCUAGUCGAAAAUGUUGUUAUUCAUGAAUUAGGGCUAGGCGACAAACACAAUUGAGAAUCAACCUAGGUUAAAAAAUUUUUACCUGAAUUUAAUUUUGACAGGUAUCAAUUCCAAUAGAGAGAAAAGGAAAAUUGCUUAUCCUGAAAAUGUAUUCUUUCUGUAGGAAAAGUACCAACCAGCAACAAAGACUGAUUCCAUAUUGAGCAGUUUAAAUUUCUUAACUUCAGGUAUGACAUUUCUAUGUUUCUGUUGGUUACUUCCAGAGUGUAAUAAUAUUUUCUUACUCGUGAACAUGAGAACUAGGUGAUGUUUAUCCAUUUGCUGUUAGUUGUAAGUUUCAAAUUAAGGUGUUCUUCAUUGAACACAACAGUGUCUGUGUAUAGUCUGUGCAUUGCAGCCAUGUUGGAGGAGUAAACAAUAAAAAAUGUUGCAUGAAAAUAGAACUUUUUCUCAAGGAAAAUCAUUUUAUUGUCUUACUCCUCCAACACAGCCACCUUGCUCAUACGCUAUUAUGGAACUUAAGCAGCAACCAUGGCAACGGCUACGAAAACAUCACUUAAAAAGUGAAUUUGUGCUGCCUCAAACUUCAAAUUUUUUGGUGUUGAAUUCAAAAGGACUAUAUCAAAGUUCAGGAAAAGAAGAAGAAAGUUGUUGUCUUGUGUUCCCCUCCUCGACAAAAUGUGAAAUUAGGCAUUUUCAUGUCGUGGUCGUGUAGUGACAGCUAAGAAAUGAACAAAAAAGCAUGACACACAUGCAAAAUUAUUGUUUUACCAAUCUAAACCUAUUGCUUUUUUGAUGUUCUCAUUGCUGUCGCCAUCGUUGUUGCUUAAGCUCCCUCUUGUGAGGCAGGAGUUUAUUGUCUGUUGGCCCUUUAUGGUGUUCUUUUUUACUUACUUACAUACAUACAUACAUACAUACUAACUUUAUUCAAGAUGUAAACAAGCUUAUUUACAGGAAAAACAUAAUCAUAAUAUUAAAAAACAUUUUGAAAAGGAAGUUGAGAGGUUAGCCCUAUAUUAGAACUCCCAAACAGCAAUAGAAAAUGCUAACUAAAAACAUCAAAUACAAUACAAGUAUUCAAAAAUCAGGGCGUUAAUUAAAGCACGGUUCUAGUUUAAAAUUUUGACACUGUCAUUAUAUUAAUUCCUUAGACUUUGAUGACUGCAUUCAGAGACUACAAUCAUCAUCCUCUGAGGUUUCUCAACUGUCAAAGGUUUGUAUACACUAUUUUUUGUUUUUAUGAGAAUACUCAUGACUCAAACAAAUUUUGCUAAUCCACGUUUGCUUAACGGAUGGAAAUUAAAAUUAAAAAAUUGCAACAUACUAAGAGUUUGUCCUUAUCAUUCAUCCAUCUUAUCGCUUUCCACACAUUAAUUACACGUAUUUUGAUUAAAAUUUAUUCAGUUCACUUCUACAAGUUUCUCUUUCACUUCUGCAAUUACCUAAAAUCACAACAAAUUUUUAAAUGAUAAGUAGCUUGCACAGCAAGAAUGUGAAUUGAAGGUAAUGAAGUACAUCUCCUCUUUACAUGUAACCAUCACAGAGUUGCAAGGUGAAGAGAGAGUUAGGGUGAAGGAAUAACGGAAAAAAGAGUGUCAUAACAUAAAAUGAUGCAGAAGCAAGGGGAAUUCAUCUCCAUCGCUCCCAGAUGCUGGUUGACUAUUCUAGCUCAAGUUGAACUUGUACAGUCUAGAUGCAGGCUCUGUUACAAGUCUAACAACAUUAUAAAUAGCAAAGUUAAUUUAAUGGUAAAGAAGCUUGGCAGUAAGGUACUGCUGUUUUACAUAAUGAUUUUACAUACAGGCAUUUUAAUCAGCAGUUUAAUUAUCCUGUCUGAGUAACCUGUUUCUAUUUUCUCACUUUUUCAGUCAUUACCGGAACUUCAUGGAAAAGUUCUUCGUCUACAGGAAGUUGUUCAAAACCACAAAGUCAUGCAGAAGAGUGAAACAGAUGCUGUGUUAUUCGGAAGGGACAGUAACAGUGAUGCUAAUUUAUUACCUUCUUCUGGUGAAGUUCCCAUAUCACAGGGUGACCAAACUAAUGAACAAUUCAAUUCCAAGGAUUAUAUUUGGUGGGGAUCAUCUAAGCGAAAGUCAAAUCCUCCUCAAAGACUUGACCCUUCUAAUUACUCACAGGUUUAGAUGAUGAUCUUUUAAUUUAUAGCAUAAUGUUUAAUUCUAGA